AUGACAAUGAUACGCACGCUGAUCGAGCGAAUCGUGUUUGUGGCGAUUCUGAUCGGGUCUUCCUACUUCUUCCUGGAGUUCAUGUCCAUAUAUGAUGCCUCCAUUUGCUAUUCAAGUCUGGUGGCUCUUCUCCUGAUAUACGUCGUGUCGUACUUGCUGGCCAUUCUGCCGGAGAUAACCAACUCGAUAAAGUAUACCCUAUUUUAUAAAACGAGGAAGAGGAAAAUUUACUCGUACUCUUUGAAGAAGGAACAUUCACUCAGAAGAAAAAGCAAUGACAAAGAUUUAAAGAUCGACCAUUUGGUGGACACUAGUUUGUUGUAUAUGAACCAGGACCAUUUUGCAACGGUAAACUGUGGCCAUGGGUACUCGCGGGGGGGGAGGCGACCGUCGGGCGGGGGGACGGACACCCUUUACAGCGGGGAGGGCCAGUACAGCGAAGAGUUCGCCUCCUCAGGGGGAAGUGCCCCCAGCGUGGUUGGGCAAGAGAAAAGCAAGUUGUAUGGGCAAGCGAAACGCAGUGUGGAUUAUCAAGCGGACAGUAGUGUGGAUGGGCAGGGGAAUAGAAGACGGGGAAAAAGAAAAAGCAAGUACAGCAAAAACGAAAUAAACGACUACGUGUUGAAGAAGACGGGCAAGAACAAAAAGUACAUCAUAGACAGCUGCGAGGAGUUUGAGAAGAUCUGCCUGAACGACCAGAGGAGAACGCUUAAGAUGAAAGACCGGAUUAUCAAGUAUAUCGAGCUGAACGACUCGGACGAGGAAGGGGACAACAACUGCGAUCGUGAACGUGUGCGAGACAGCGUGCGAGACAGCGUGCGUGACACCGCGCAUGGGGAGCCGCACCAGUUCGUGCCCAAUGCAGGGGGGUCCCGCUUGAGUGAAGUGUGGCACAGCGCGCAGGACUACUUUAACAAACGGAAUGUAAAGGAAUCAAAACACGUGGGGUCGUUUUUAUACGACACGAAAUAUCUAAACAUAAAAAAUGAAGAGUGCACGGAGGAAAGCAUUCGUUUUCAGGAUAACAAAAAGAAGUACAUGUGCUUCAUGCUGAAUAACACGUUGUACAAAAGGAAAGACAUGAAAAAGUGGAAGACCAGUUACUUCCAAGGACUGAGGUCAAGCACGAAUAAGUACACGCUGCACAGCUUCUAUGAUCGAAAUAAGCAUGUACAAAAGGACACAGAUUUUUCCAGGUGGCACAAUUUACUCCUCAAAUUUAUAAUUAACAUAAAAGUAGUGUUUGUAAAAUUUUGCAAAAACACUUCAUUCAUUAUUUCUGAUUUGUUAAUAACUCUCAUGUUGCAUGUCGCUUGGCUUAACGUCUACAACCACCUACGAAGGAAUAACGUGUCCACCGAUACAGGCAUGUUUAAUUGGAACACACAAUACAUCCCUGCCUUCUUCACGAAGGUCGAAGCGUAUAUACAAUACUUUAUCCUUUACGACACAUGUAUAAAAUUCUUCCUCUUUUUUUCUGCGAAGCAUAUUUUAAGCUUUUGGUUUUUGUUAAAUUUAAUGAAUAGCCCAUUUUUCUACCUCAUAGUUUCGUACGUAACGAAUUGUCCUUUUAAGAAGCAUGGGUGGUUGUACCUGACGAGUCCAUUUCGCUUUCUCAAUUUUUUACGAAUAGAAAAUUUGAUUGGCCAGAGUAACAACCACAACAAGAUAAAUUUCCCAGUGAUCACAUUAUCUGUUCAAAUAUUAGUUGUCAUAUAUACCUAUUCUUGUAUUCACCUUUUAAUUGAGCAACCAUGUAACGGAGAGUAUUAUGUAUAUGAUUAUAUAUUUUCCGGGAUGCAAACUGUCUCCACAGCAGCCAUGGGAAGAGGAACAUGUUUCCCCUACACUCUGCAAGCCAAAAUUACACAUAUAUUUUACAUUUUCAUGAUUUUCACUUAUAUACAUUACAAGAUAAGGUACCUGAAGGACCAUAUGGUGCAGGAAAAAAAAAUAUACGGAAAAAUUCCAAACAUAGGUGCCCGCUAUUUUGUGAUCAUAGGACACAUGAAGCCGAUUGCACUGUAUGUUAUCAUUAAUGAAUUACAAUCCACGUACAAUAAUUUAGAUGAAUUUAUUUUUUUAACAAGUCUUCCAGUUAAAUUUUAUGUAAAUAUUAUUCGUCUGCUGAACAGAAAAGGGUAUUGUCAAAUCAGCCUUUGCUUAUACGAUUUGAACAAACCUUUUCCGCUCAAAAUUAAAAAAAUUAUUUCGUUCAGCAGUGGGAUCUUCAUAUGCAACAAUGUUAUGAAUACACACCAUAAUAUACAUAACGACAUGGAGACUCUAAAAAGAUACAACGAAAUUAAUUCCCUUGGACCUUUUAAUAAAUGCAUUUCCGUCUUCCUAAACAAUAUGUGUAAUAAUAGCAUUUUGCUUAAGAGGAGUAAUAGGAAUAUUAUUUGCCUGAACGAAUUGAAAAUGAAGCUCUUUGCCAAAACCUUGGAUGACUGCCCCGGAAUGUUUCUCCUCACUAUUCUUUUUUUUAUAAACACACCACAAAAGUUGAAGUCUAAGCACACAUACAUUUUGAGCAAAUAUUUUGAUAACCUCGAGGAGGACGUCAACCCGGAAACUCCCCCUUUUGGCUCGUCCACUGAAGGGGGCGCCAGCGAUCGGGAGGAAAACCACAUGGGGAAGAAGUCUACCAACCGUAGUGAAUGCAAAGGGGGGGAGCGCUACAAGCGAGGCAAGACACACAAACCGCACACCUCCAACAAAGCAUACACACGGAACCGCUUGCACUCCAGAUGGCUCAACCUUUUUAGUGGAAAAAAGAGCCAGCGCUCCCCAGAGGAAGACCAACCCAAUGGUAAGCAAUCCCGCGAGAGCAAUUUCUACAAAAUUGAUCUUCGCACAGGGGAUGCAACGGAGAAGAGUCCACAGAGCACGAAGAGAAACAGCAAGCCAUCCGGUUCAAUCAUGAAAAGGGUGAAGAGCAUUACUCAAGGAGGGACAAAGAAUAAAAUGCCAUUCCGAAGCUUCCUAUCCCACGAAUUCAAUGAAAGCAUUUGUUACAACUCAUACAAUAAUUACUUGCACUAUAUAAAGGGAAUAAAAUAUAACAUAUACAAAAUAAAAUUGCCAGAAAGCUUUAUCAAUUUCCAUUUUGUCACCAUCGUCCACUACAUGUUCAUGAAUUAUAACGCCUUCCUCAUAGGCAUCAUAAAUGAGUAUAACGAGGUCAUCCUGAACCCUGUUCAUUUUGUUUACACCUCUAUGGACGUGCAGUUUAUUCUUCUCACCGAUAAAUACAAUAUUCUACAAAAAAUACAAAACCAGAAGAAGGUGCAAUUGGAUUGGCUCAAUUGUGUAGAUUAUGUCAAGGUUAAAAAGAGUGACCCCUCAAAAGGGGGGAAACACAAGAAAGGGUCGGUACAGGGUUCUGGUCAGCAUUACUACAGUGAGAUGAACAAGCUGAAAAACCAACCAGGGGUUUACUUCAAUCCUGUCUUGAACAUCCUUCGUGUCGACAAUUAUUUACAAGCUUUGCAGUUCUUCCGCAUCAGACGGGAGGGACAAGUUAGUCAGGAGGUUAAAAAGACAGGCAAUGACGAACCGGGUAGAGAAGUCAAUCAGGCGGAGGACAACUUCAUCAUCCUGAUAUACUGGCCCCAGUCUAUUAACACCUUCCUGAAGGUUCUCCAUAAGCGCAAGAGACACAACAUCAUCAUCCUGAGUGAUCAAAUUCCAUCCUACAUACACAACAAUAAAUUGGCCAAGUACAGCAUCUGCUACAUACAAAAGUCUCCGCUGUCUUUGUACAAUUUAAUCCUAGCAGGAAUCCUUCGUUGCAAAAAAUGCGUCAUUUUUAAAAAUUAUUUAAAGUUGAACUCCCAUCAUAAUAUCAUAUCAUAUAAUGAGGAGGCCAAAAAUAUAAACUACUUUGAGUACAUGUGUGAACAUAACGACAGUGAUCUGCUCAUCAUUUUUAAUAAUAUACAAAAUAUUUUCCGCACGAGGGAUGUUAACGAUGCCUUGGUGGAGUACUACAUACGCGAAGAAGAAAAGAAACAGUCAAAAUGGUAUGAUAAUUAUUUACUCAAAAAAAAAAAAGCGAUAAGAGAAAGGAAUAUUUCAAAUGGGGGGCAUCCUGCUGCAGAGGAAAACAGUCAACCUGUGCAUGCCCAAGUGAUGAAUAAAAUGGACCAAGAAUGUUCUAACAAUCUCGUAAACGAUAAAUAUAAACAAACGAGGAAAAAUAUUUACCUCCUUAUAGAGCUAAACAACACACUUUCCGUUCAGUACUUAAACAAUGAAGUGUAUACAAAUAUCGACAAUUUAAAAAAAAACAACAUGAUGAAUAUGAACAAGGCUCAUAAUUUGCUCUUCAUUGAAAAUUACAAAAAGCAAAUACAAUUUUUUAAAUAUGGAAAUUUGCUUGUGGAAAAUAUUUAUAAAAAAAUUGAGCACAUUUUUGUGGACAAUUAUUAUUUUUAUUUGUACUUUUUACAAUUCACCUCCGCCAGUGUCUUUAUAGAUGAAUUGAUUUAUCACCUCAUUGGGUACACCUUCCCCAUAAAGAACAACUCGCUCAGUAUCGGUACCAUUGAAGCCUUCAUAAACGGCACGUACACGGACAGCUCCAAGAGGAUAAAGUCCGACUUGCUCCUCAGGCGCAUAAACCCCAAGUACCACUCCAGGAACUUCUUCUUCCUCUUCCAGAAGUACCUCAAGAAGGGCUCCAUCAUCAUCGGCAUUUACCGCUGCAACGAGGAGAACAACAUGAGCAUCGUGAUCCCUUGCCCCCAACGCAACUUCAUCAUGCACAAAUCGGACAAGGUACCCAGAGAAGGCCAGCUGCAAAGCGGUCUCACCACGGAGAGACGCGUACACCAAAUGUGCAAUCGCUUUCACCCAUUGUAA